UCCAAGCUUAAACCAAGAAAACUAGCUAGAAUCAGCUCAACCAUAGGUGGACAACAAGAGGAUCAUGGAAAAAUACUCUUUAAAUCCUGUUCUAUCUUUCUUUUUCUUCCUUUCUUUGAUGAUUUUGUUCUUAGAAAUGGGGGUGGCCCAGAACACAACAUCUACAAUCCCAGUGAAUGUAGGAGUGGUUCUUGACUUGGCUUCUUUGGAGGCCAAUAUUGCUUUGAGCUGCAUCAACAUGGCCCUUUCAGACUUCUAUGCCUCUCAUGGUGACUACAAAACUAGACUGGUCCUCGACACCAGGGACUCAAAGAAAGAUGUUAUUGGUGCAGCUGCUGCAGCCCUGGACUUGAUAAAAAAUGUGGAAGUGCAAGCAAUCUUAGGCCCAACAACAUCAAUGCAAGCCAAUUUUGUUAUUGACCUUGGAGAAAAAGCUCAUGUGCCAAUUAUAUCUUUUUCUGCAACCAGUCCUUCUCUUACUUCCAUCAGGAGUUCAUAUUUCUUUCGAGCAACACAAAAUGAUUCAGCUCAAGUGAAUGCCAUAAGUGCUAUAGUUCAAGCCUUUGGAUGGAGAGAAGCGGUGCCCAUCUACAUUGACAACGAAUAUGGAGAGGGAAUCAUACCUUAUUUAACUGAUGCUCUGCAAGAAGUUGAUGCUCGUGUGCCCUACCGGAGUGUCAUUUCUCCAUCGGCCACUGAUGAUCAAAUUGCUGAGGAGCUUUAUAAGUUGAUGACAAUGCAAACUAGAGUUUUCAUUGUGCAUAUGUAUCGUUCUCUAGGCACUCGGCUUUUCACCAAAGCAAAAGAGAUUGGAAUGAUGAGUGAAGGCUAUGUUUGGAUCAUGACUGACGGUCUGAGUGCUGAUUUCUUGAGUUCACCAAAUCAUUCUGUCACCGAUACUAUCCAAGGAGUUUUGGGUAUUAAACCUUAUGUUCCACGAACAAAAGAGCUUGAACAUUUUCGAGCUCGGUGGAAAAGGAAAUUCCUACGAGAUAAUCCAAAUAAAAUUGAUGCUGAGUUGAACAUUUAUGGACUACUGGCCUAUGAUGCUACUACAGCAUUGGCCUUGGCAGUUGAGAAAGCCGGCACUACAAAUUUUGGCUUCCAAAAGGCAAAUGUUUCUAGCAAUUCAUCAACAGAUCUUGCAACUCUUGGCAUCUCUUUAAAUGGUCGAAACAUUCUUCCAGCUUUAUCGACCACUAGUUUCAAGGGCCUUACAGGAGAUUACCUUUUUGUUGAUGGGCAGUUGCCAUCACCAGCUUUUCAGAUAGUUAAUGUGAACGGAAAUGGAGGAAGAAGGAUUGGAUUUUGGACGCCAACAGAAGGACUUGUGAAAACACUGAAUCCGAGAAUUAUAAGUAAACGUAUGAAUUCAACUCCAACUUCCAUACUUUCAACUAUAAUUUUUCCUGGGGAUACAACUGUGGUUCCCAAGGGUUGGGAGAUUCCCAGAAAUGAGAAGAAGUUGAAAAUAGGAGUGCCUGUGAAGUCUGGCUUCAGUGAGUUAGUAGCAGUAACAAAAGAUCCUGGUUCCAACACAACAACAUUCACCGGAUUCUGCAUAGAUGUCUUUGAUGCUGUAGUCAAAGCAUUGCCUUAUGCUUUGCCUUAUGAGUACAUCCCCUUUGCCAACUCUGAUGGCGAACCUGCUGGAACUUACAACGAUCUGGCCUAUCAAGUGUACUUGAAGAAUUAUGAUGCCGUGGUUGGAGACGUAACUAUUGUCUACAACAGGUCCUUGUACAUCGACUAUACCUUGCCUUUCACUGAAAGCGGUGUCUCCAUGAUUGUUCCGAUUGCAGACAACAACAGCAAAAAUGCUUGGGUCUUCAUGAAACCUUUGACAUGGGACCUUUGGGUGAGCAGUUUUCUGUUCUUUGUUUUCAUUGGAUUUGUGGUCUGGGUUCUUGAGCACAGAAUAAAUGAAGAUUUUCGAGGGUCAGCUUCAGAUCAAGCUGGCACUAGUUUCUGGUUUUCCUUCUCAACUAUGGUUUUUGCACAACGGGAGAGAGUGGUUAGCAACUUGUCUAGGGCGGUGAUAAUCAUCUGGUGUUUUGUUGUGUUGAUCCUCACGCAGAGUUACACCGCCAGUUUAACAAGCCUACUUACCGUCGAGCAGCUGAAGCCUACAGUCACUGAUGUGCGUGAGCUCAUUAAGAAAGGGGAGUAUGUGGGCUACCAGAAGGGUUCUUUUGUUCUAGGAAUCUUGUUAGACAUGGGGUUUGACAAGUCCAAGCUCAUGGUGUAUAGUUCUGCAGAAGAAUGCCACCAUCUUUUCUCCAAAGGAAGUGGAAAUGGUGGUAUUGCCGCUGCUUUUGACGAACUUGCCUAUAUAAAGCUCAUUCUGUCAAGAUAUUGCUCCAAAUAUACCAUGAUUGAUCCUAAAUUUAAAACCGGCGGUUUUGGCUUUGUCUUCCCUAAAGGAUCUCCUCUAGGGCCUGAUAUAUCGAGGGCAAUUUUAAAUGUGACCGAGGGAGAUAAUAUGAAGCAAAUAGAGGGUGCAUGGUUUGGCCAAAAAAGCACUUGUCCAGAAUCCAGCUCCUCAAUUUCAUCUAAUAGCCUCAGUCUGGAGAGUUUCUGGGGGUUAUUUUUGAUUGCAGGACUAGCUGCAUUGUUAGCUCUCAUUAUCUUCGUAGUCAUGUUUGUUUACCGAGAAAGAAAUGUCUUGAGGUCCUCUGAUUCCACAGCUUCAAUAUGGAGUAGAAUUGAAAACUUCUUUAGAACUUUCAUUCAAAGGGACUCGACAUCCAGUACUUUCAGACAAAGUGAUCUGAAUGAUAGAAAGGGCAUCAGUCUGCCUACUAUGUGUGCGCCAAGCCCAUCAGCCUAUUCUGUCGACACGGAAUAUCCUGCCAAUCGAUCUUCUGCAAGCUAUGAUUCUAGCCCAAAUAGGGAACCACCUCAAGAGAUAGUAAUAGAUAUCCAUCAGCUUACCAACCGAAAUCAGGAGAGACCGGCAGCUUUGGAAAUAGACCAUGACAAUAAUUGACUUGUAGGUUAUCAUUUAACACUUCUGACACCAGUAGUCAUUAGCAUUGUAAGA